UCGGUUCGAACAUAAAACAUACAAGAUGAAAGUUCUAUUGUGCCUAGCUGUUGUUGUGGUCGCUGCCUAUGCUCAAAGCUGUUCUUCUGACGCCGACUGUUCAGCUGAACAAUGCUGCCUUUAUCCUCUGUUUGGAAAGAAACGAUUUAUUUUUGGGGAUAACUUUGGACACAAUUCUGGAAAAUGCACAUCGCUGUCCUUAGAAGGUGAAAGCUGUGAACCACCAGAGAUCCACGAUCCAUUCAACCCAAAACUCCACGAGUGGCACUGUCCCUGUGUUCCAGGAUUCGAAUGCCACGGUGAAAAAGAGAUGCAUCAGUCCGGAAGUCACAGUUACACCAAUCCUAAAUGUGUUGCUGCAGGAGCUAGCACAGCUGUACCAACAACAAGUGCUUAAACCAACCAUACAUCCGAAUUUUUGUUUUGAAUUAAAAAAAAAUGAUACAAAGGUG